AUGGGUAACAAGAUUUCAAAUUAUUUAAUUUAUUUUAGAUUUAGGUUUUGUUUAUUUUGCAAAUUAUACUUAUUAUGCUUUUCAUUAUUUUAUAAUUAUUUACCAACUAUGGGUGAUUGUCAUGGAACUGAAUUAGCUGCUGCUUAUGGUUAUUUGAUUUUAUCAUCUUAUUUGGUUUUGUUUAUAAGUUUUUAUAUUAAUGUUUAUAAAUCAAAAGGUUCAUCAUCAGCAGGUUCAAAAAAGAAUGGAUUAGAGAAAAAAGUUGUUGAAGAAGAAGAAAUUAAAAGUAAAUCAACUGGUGUUUCAUCAAGUUCUACAAAACCAAAAUCAAGAAAAGUGUAG